AAAACAUCUAUUCUAAAACCUUUUUAUUGAUACUGGUGCAUGUGUAAUGAAAGUCUGAUUUCUUAAUUCCGGAAACUAUCUCAAGAUCUUACAUAAAAAUGAUGUCUUUACUCACCUUCCUACUGAUGGUCCAUGUUUCACAAGCUGAAACACAAACUGGAAGCUGCAAAGACAUCUUACAUGGCUUCCUGUCUGGACAAUUGUCGUCAGCUCUUGGGGAUUAUCAGAUUAAAGCUUUGAAACAGGAGUUCCUAAAGUUCACAAAUACAAUGCAGCAAUCUAUGAACGUAUUCAAGGAACAAAUGAAAGCUGAUUUUGAGAAAAAAGGUAGAAUAAACAAGAGCGUUGUCUAUACAAGGUGGGGAAAAAAGACAUGUCCCUCGAAUGCUGAGCUUGUUCUUUCUGGAUUUACUGGUGGGUCACAUUAUACUCACUCGGGAGCGGCCGUUGAUCCCCUUUGUUUACCAAGAGAUCCCGAAUGGGGCCGGUACAAAGAUGGGGCUGACGGCGGUAGAGCUUAUGUAUAUGGAGCAGAAUACGAAACUGGCAAUUCUCUGAGUAACUUGCGGAAUCUCCAUGACCAUGACGUACCGUGCGCUGUCUGCCUGGUCCAUAAUAGAUCUGUUCUAAGAGUAUUCCCAGCAAGGAAAACAUGCUACAAAGGAUGGAAAUUGGAAUACGAUGGAUAUCUAAUGGCUGGAUAUCAUACUCAUCCUGCUGCUACAACUUACAAGUGCGUGGAUAGGAAGCCCGAUACUAUCACUGGGGGACAUUCUGAUCAAGACGGUUAUCGUUUCUAUUUUGUGGAAGCAAAAUGUGGCUCAUUGAAAUGCCCACCAUACGUAAACGGGCGGGAACUUGUAUGUGCUGUCUGCUCAAAGGCGUAAAGCUAUAGUACAAUGGAAAUGUUUCCAAACAAUAAAGAGUGGUUUCAGAAUUAAUAUUGAGUGGUUUCCUUUUCAAAAUUGAUUGAUUAUGAAUUAUGACAUUUUCUAUUUUGUUGAAGUGUCUUAUUUUUUUGGUUUGAUUGUAACGCUCACAAUUCGUCUGAAACAACAAUGUGUUUGCUGAUGUAAAACAAAAUAUUGUACAUCUGACCAAUGUGAAA